AUGCAAAUGUUGCUCAGAAAUAUCAAGGCGUUAUUCCCUCAGAAUUACUAUCCUAUCAGCCCGAGCGAGUACCGUCGACUUCCAACUCCAACGCCACCCGCGACCUUUGAAAAGAUGAAAGCUCUUUGUGUCCGCGGCGAUGUCCAGGGAUUCCGGGAGAUUCUUAAUUCAACAGUUUCUUCGUCCGAGCCCCUUGACAUACGUGACUUAGAGCUUCUUCAUCGCGGCUUGCCUAUGACUCCAUUCUAUGCAUUGGAAGCCAUAAAGGUGAAAGGGAAGGAUGCUCUGAAAGCCUUCCUUGAAUGCGGGUGGGAUAUCAACCAGCCGUUGAGCGAGCUUAAACCCCCCGUACUUGGUUGUGCUAUUUCAGAUGAAGAGAUGACAGCUUUGCUCCUUGAUCAUGGAGCUGACCCUAAUCGACGGUGUCUUAUUGAUCUCACGCCACUCUCCCUUGCUGUUGAAAGCGCCCCUAUCUCUGUCAUCCAUCGCAUGCUCAUUGACCGGCCAACGGACGCCAUCGAAGUGUUAGGGCUUCUUAUCGAAAAAGGGGCACCUAUCAAUUCAGCUAUGUACGAGGACUAUCCUUCUUGGGCGCUAUUCUUUUUUACGGGUGUUGGUACACUGCUGCACAAGGCCGCCGAACUCAAUAAAGUAGAUGUAGUUUGCUACUUGAUCAGCCAAGGAGCCGACCAGAGUAUCAGAGAUGCAAAUGGUCGUACAGCUAUCGAGUGUGCACGAAGGUUGAAUCAAGGAGAAGUUGUCAAGGCAUUAGAGAAGGCGAAGUAG